AUGGCGGGGCUGGGGAGAAAAUCCCCCUGUGCCCAGAGGAAGCAAAUGUCCAACAGCAGCUCCCUCAACGAGUUCCUCCUCCUGGUGUUUGCGGAAAAGCGGGAGCUGCAGCUCUUGCACUUCUCGCUCUUCCUGGGCAUCUACCUGGCUGCCCUCCUGGGAGCUGAGUAUUCUCUCCUCACAGUCAUGGCCUAUGACCGCUAUGUUGCCAUCUGCAGACCCCUGCACUAUGGGACCCUCAUGGGCAGCAGAGCUUGUGUCAAAAUGGCAGCAGCUGCCUGGGGCAGUGGUUUUCUCAAUGCUCUUCUGCACACUGCUAACACAUUUUCAAUACCACUCUGCCAAGGCAACACAGUGGACCAGUUCUUCUGUGAGAUUCCCCAGAUCCUCAAGCUCUCCUGCUCAGACUCCUACCUCAGGGAAGCUGGCCUUCUUGUGAUUAGUGGCUGUUUAGGCUUUGGAUGUUUUGUUUUCAUUGUGGUGUCCUACAUGCAGAUCUUCACUGCUGUGCUGAGGAUCCCCUCUGAGCAGGGCCGGCACAAAGCCUUUUCCAUGUGCCUCCCGCACCUGGCCGUGGUCUCCCUGUUUGUCAGCACUGGCAUGUUUGCCCACCUGAAGCCCCCCUCCCUCUCCUCCCCAGCUCUGGAUCUGGUGGUGGCUGUUCUGUACUCGGUGGUGCCUCCAGCAGUGAACCCCCUCAUCUACAGCAUGAGGAACAAGGAGCUCAAGGAGGCACUGAAGAAAUUGAUCCAGUCGGUUCAAGGUCAGCAGCAAUAA